AUGCGUUCGAACGAAGUCAAUUUAACAUCCUGGACGAAUGUCCUGACGUUGCAUCGAACUUCCUGUAACGGGAGCCUUUACGACUGUGCUAUGAAAGAGUGCAUCGCCGCCGAAUCGAUCGAUUUAGAUCGUAUUUGUGACGUCACGAAGAACGCAAUAAUACCUAUGACGAACUUACUAUGCAGAUCAUGCAAUUACACCAAUUGUCAGGUGUCAUUUGUUUUAAAUAAAUUGGAAACCAGCAUCGAGGGUAUCUUUUUAUCGAGGAUAACGAACUUUGACGGCUGCGUUUCGAGCAACGGCAAAACUGAGAUCCUGGAAUGCAUCGAUCAAAGAAAUAUCGUCGAUGGUGACGAUAUAGAAUUGUAUUGUUCGCGAAAAUCAACAGUAGCCAUUCGUCGAACUGAUUGGAGAUUCCUUUUCGUCUCCGUUAUCAUAGUAAUAGCUGGUGGUCUAGGAAAUACUCUGGUUUGCUUAGCCGUUGUAUUGGAAAAAAAGCUUCACAAUUUAACCAACUACUUUCUACUAUCUCUCGCCAUUGCCGAUCUUCUCGUCAGUCUUUUCGUUAUGCCAAUGGGUGCAAUUCCUGGAUUUUUAGGUUAUUGGCCACUCGGCAUCGUCUGGUGUAACAUUUAUGUGACCUGCGACGUUCUCGCAUGUUCGGCGAGCAUUAUGCACAUGUGUUUCAUUUCCGUGGGCAGAUAUGUAGGUAUUCGCAACCCAUUAAGGACACGAAGGACUUAUACGAAACGUAUCGUUGCCCUUAAAAUAACAACCGUAUGGUUACUAGCUAUGCUGAUGUCCAGUUUUAUCACCGUACUAGGCUUGAUCGAUCCGAAAAACGUAAUGCCGGAAACAACCACUUGCGCCAUCAACAAUAGAAUUUUCUUUAUCUUCGGAUCUUUAAUUGCGUUUUACAUACCGACGAUCGUUAUGGUACUGUCUUAUGUACUGACUGUACAAUUACUCCGAAAGAGGGCGCGAUUUAUCGCGGAAAAUUCAAACGACGAUCUAUCGCUUGGGAAAUUGAUUGGAAAAUUUGUUUCCACGAAAACUUCCUCGACCGAACGUGAAAAUACAAGAUCUCUUAAAUUGUUAAGUGAAAAAACAAAUGGGAAGAUCCUAGCUGCGAAUGCGAUAGCAUCCAAACAGAAAGCCAGCAAAGUUCUUGGAUUGGUAUUCUUUACGUUUUUAAUUUGUUGGGCACCAUUCUUUGCAUUAAAUAUUAUAUUCGCCGUUUGUCCAACUUGUUUUGUGCCACGGCACGUAACAGACACAUUUUUAUGGUUAGGUUAUGCAUCUUCCACUAUAAAUCCUAUCAUUUAUACGAUUUUCAACAAAACUUUUCGGGCUACGUUCGUACGUUUAUUGAAAUGCAAAUGGUUCAGAUAGUAAUUCUAAAUGCGUUCUAGUAUUAUGUAUUUUAUUUUUUCUUACAUCUGUUUUUUUGCUUCUUAUUUAUAAUUUUUAUCUUCUAUACGAUAUAAAUUCAAAACAACGAAUUAUUAAAAGAUACGAGUAAAACAAAAAAAAAAAGAAAUAGACGGCGGGAAAAAUAAAAUCUUUAAAAUGAUAUCUACUAAGUUUUAAAAUGGAUGGUAGAUUAAAUAUCAAUGAAAGUAAUGUAUUUGCAAUUUAUUUAUUUUUUGAGAGGUUGAGUUUCUUUACUUAGUAAUUUGCUCUAAUUUUUUCAAUUACCAAGAUACAGUGUGCCAAAAUAAAAAUUAUACUAAUUAUAAUUAGUGUGAUGAGAAUGUGCAUUAUAUCUUUAUCAUAUAUCCUAAGUGUCACGUACUUGAACUAUUAAUCUUUUUCUAACAUAGUGAUAUUCAAAUAUUACAUGUGAAGGAAAGGUUUAAUGUUCUCAAUAGUUUUACUUCUAAAAUACUCGUUAAAUAUUUAACAAAUAUGUUUAUAUGCAAAUAGUUAAUUAUGCAAUAACAUAUUCCCUUUGAUUUUUCUUUUUUUCAUAUAUACAUAGGAUAAUAGAAGAUAUAUCAUACAUUUUAUGAUUCAUCUUCUAUAUCUUCUUUAUCAUUAGCUUUAUUUGUAUUCUUUUUCUUUUUUAUUAUUUUUUUCUCUCUUCCUUUUUUCUUUUUUUUUUUUUUUAACAA